AUGAAGACAUUUGGCAACGUCUUCCGUCUCCGACCACCGUUUGUCGAGUCUGGGCCGGAUGGCCUCGCGCUCAUUUCAGACGAGUCUGAUCCGCGCUACAGUGCCCUGGUGACGACCUUCAUGUACUGCGCCAGCCUGGAGCAGGAUCAAGAGCCAUUCCUGCAAGAGCAGCUUGUUCAGUUCUUGAGGGGCUCAAUACAGCGUAUCAAGCUCGACUUUGAUGUCGACGUACUCGUCAGCAACUCCAUUACCCUCGACUCGUUCCGCUUGGCAAACAUGCCUCAGUACAGGGAAACAAACACGUUUGCUCUGGAGGCAAGAACAGUUGGCUCCACAAAAGUCAUCCCUAGUCCUGCGUCUCUCCCAGCCAGUCCCAGUCCCAAGAAGGCCAACGCUCCAACUCCUCUCCUCGACACUCCCCCAUCACACCGCUUAUGUGUUUCUUCACCGCCUGCGGGCAGCCCCCCUCCGGCGACACCACUGGCUACAACCGCGAUGAGCACCCUGUCAAGCACGUCGAGUACUCCUGCCAGUAAACUGGAGGAGCCACCAGCCAAGACGAUGGGAGGCUCCUUAGGAACGCCCUCGCGCUCGUCCAAGCGUUCAGCGUCACCCAUUACAUCGUCUCCGUCUCCGGCACCACCAGCUAAGAAACCGCCGAGUCCGAGCGUCUCCGAAUCGUCUUUCGCAUCCAGUAUCGGCGGAACUUGCAAGCCGGAUAUUAUCGCCACAAUGGAUUCCAUGACAGUGCAAGGGGAUAAACACCGAAUUGGGCUCUUGGUCGGUGAGGUGAAGCGCUUCGCCAGCUCGGCUUCGGUCGCCACUCGAGACGACAAGUAUCGCGAGGGCGCGCCUCAACUUGCACUCUACAUGUCUGCUCUUUGGGAACUUUGCCGCACCUGGGCAGGCAUCCUCGUCAUCAACGAUUGUUAUUCAAGGUCGCUGGUACUUGGUGAGGCCGACUACAAGGCUCUCGAUACCACGCCGUUUCACGGCGACGCAAUCCUCUCAGACGGAGAUCUUCCACCUCUCAUCAUUUCCCUUCGAGGUCCCAGACGAUCAUCCCGCACCUUCUCUGACGGCCUUUUCGCACUUGGCCUAUCCCACUCGGCUGAAACACCCUUGUCGCCGCUCUCUGGCCCGCUACCAGACUUUGAGGAACUCUGCCGAGAUCUCAUCAGCAGCAGCUUCGUGACCGCGUUGACGCCUUCCAACCUUGAGCUCGUGGUGCGCGUCCGUCGGUCUUUCUCGCGUCCAAAGGCGUCGACCCCACACAAGCCUCGCAUCCCAUUGGGCGUACCCCCAUUGGGCGUACCCCCAACGGGCGUGCCCUCGACCGUCAUCGAGUACGAGACAGUGUCCCCUUCAAGCAGUGUGACCUCGAGCGAGGCCAAGCCCCAACGGAACCCCGCCACUCCAGAUGGUUGGGGCAAACGCCAACCUAAAAACGACAGCCCAAGUGGCAGCGGCGGCGGACUCGGCGGUGGUGGCAAGGCUGGUGGCGCCUCGGGCGACAUGUCCACGUCCAGUGCCGUUGGUGCCGGUUCGAGUACAGCAGGUGAAACCGACACCAAGAUGAAUGUGGGCGCUGGUACGGCCUCCAAGGACCAGAAGCAGCACACCGCCGCCGUUACAUCGCCUCUAUACGACCUCGGUCAGCGCACACCGCCGCAGGAGCAGAUGACGGCCACGCCAAGGUUAACCCCUUCAACGAGCACGCCAUGGACCCAAGCGGGGUCCGCAAGCAGCGCCUCUACUGUUCCGUCCAGUGUACCGUUGCAAUCCGCCAAGAAUCCUGGUGAUCGUAACAAUGUGGACUGUGACACUGCCGCAGAUGAACCCCCAUGCGACUGCGCUGUCCACCAACAGUAUGGCCACCGUCCCGUGUUGAUUCUCGCGAUCACAGCCCAAGAGACCACGCAACUGUUCAACCUGCGACUGGCUGGCGCCUUGGGCGCUGUUCGGGCCGCGUAG